AAGAGCCAACUAUCUAAUAAUCAUAAGGAUUCAUUCAUUGUGUUUGUGUAUGCGAAACGAAAUAUAAUUUGACGUAAGUUGUCAGUAGUAGUACAUAAAUAUCUCCAAAAGUAGGCCUAUUUAAAAAUAGAAAAUGGCUCGUACCAAGCAAACAGCUCGUAAGUCCACUGGUGGUAAGGCCCCACGUAAGCAACUUGCCACCAAGGCUGCAAGAAAAAGUGCCCCAUCUACAGGAGGUGUAAAGAAGCCGCAUAGAUACAGGCCGGGAACUGUUGCACUUCGUGAAAUUCGUCGCUAUCAGAAGAGUACUGAAUUGCUGAUUAGGAAGCUGCCCUUCCAGCGUUUGGUCCGUGAAAUAGCACAGGAUUUCAAGACUGAUCUUCGAUUUCAGAGUGCUGCCAUUGGAGCUCUGCAGGAAGCCAGUGAAGCCUACUUGGUAGGACUUUUCGAGGACACCAACUUGUGCGCCAUUCAUGCUAAACGUGUGACCAUUAUGCCGAAAGAUAUCCAACUGGCCCGCAGAAUCAGAGGCGAGCGUGCUUAGGGCAGGCCAAUUGUUCAGUGGAGAAUUGCGUUCAAUAUUUCCAGCAUUUUGUGAUAUUUUUUUCAUUGAAUUGUCAGUUUUGUAUCUAGCAUAGAUAGUUGUAGAUUAAUGCAAAAUUUGUACAGUGUAUCCAAAAAUAUUAAUGGUUUUAACUUAUUGUUUCUGAAUUGCAGACUUUCAUUCAAAAUUGUUAAAAAGAAAAAAAAAACAAACAUUCUGUUGUGUGUUAUAACUUUAUCUACAAGGCUACAUUCAGACCUGACAUGUUAAUACUGGCGUGUGCUGCGCCGCCCACAAGUGCAUACCACUCGAUUAACGUUGCGCUAGUGUUACUCGUGUCUGAACAUAGCCUAAAACUCCUAACAUCAUUGUUGAAUGAGUAUUGAAAACAUGAUGAAGAGUUGGGAUGAGCUGCACUAGUCUACAGUAAUUAGUGUAAUUUAAAAAAAAGUAAUUUCAGUGAUGUUUUUUUGAACCAGAUUAUUUCACAUGAUAGACAGAAGCUAUCAAGGACACUUGAAUUAAGUACUGUAUGCUUGUGACCUAGUGUCAAUCAUGUAAAAUAAACUAGUCAUAAAUUUUCCAAUUUUUUUUUUGAGUGUUUAUAAUAUUUAGUGCUCCUUCGCCAGUCUAUUUUGUUAAGCCGCAGUCAUACUGUACUUAUUGCGGUAAAACUAACCAAAACGUUGAUUAUUUUUACCAUAAUUAAUCCAAUGCGUACAGCCCAAAAAAAAACAAACUAACCUUUAUGGAAAACCGAGAUGAGCUGUUAGUUUAACUGUGUGGAUUUCACCGAGCCAAAAAGUCCAAUGCGAACAUGCAUUUCAGUUAAACCUCCUGAGCCAUUCGAGUGUUACUCCAUGAAUUAUGUCACGGAUUUGUGCCCUAAUAGUUGAUUUUUCCAGUAAAACUAACUCAAAAAAUCCAAGUACUUGUACAGACAACGUUAAUACAUUGGAAUGAUACCCAUGGUCUUGGUAAAAAGUCCAGUGCGAUUGUGGCUUUAGUAACUAAAAAUAUGAGCCUACCAUUAUUGAUGAAGGCUAAAAUUUUGUAAGCCUAAGCUUAAAAGUAGUUAAUUUGUAUUCAAGAAAUGUAAAGUUUUUAAAAAAUUGUUUUUGCAGUCUACUGUUACAAAAUAAUAUUAAGUGUUUUAGUGAUAAUUAUCACAAGUUUUACCUCAAUCCUUUUCUGAAUAUACUCUCAAUUUUGAUAUAAGAAAACUUCAGGACCAAAUAAAUAUCAGGUUAUCAAGAAGAUAUUAAAAAGUACUAUGUGGAAAAAGACAAUAUUUCUAGCAGGUAGAUUGAUCGAACAAAAUCAUGCAAACUGACUCUAAAUCCUGUAGAUGAUACAGUAUUUAGUAACUUGUUCUCAUUUUCUGACAAAUUGUUCGUAUAUGCUUUUUGUAGGAACAAAACUCUAGUACUGUGUCAGUGUUUAUAAUGUUCUCCUUACCCUCUUGUCAAAUAAUGCAAUACUUCACCUGAUUAAAUGCAAUUAUGUCCCUUAAUAAUGUAAAAAAUACUAUCAUUAUCAUUUAGCGUGACGCCCAAAUGUGCGAUUCUUUUUCAGCUGUAUGUCCCAUUUCUCAAUUAAAUUGAUAUUUAGCCGA